CGCAAUCGUGAUUUGUGUUCGGUGUAUGGAGAAAGUUGGACACGCAGUUGUUUGGUCGUCGACGAUGUUGCAAAGUGGACCGUGAUAUUUUUGGAAAGCGCAUAAACAGAUCGUCGGAAGAUAAUACGGGAGCAACGUAUUGCAGGACUAGGUUGCUUGCAGUUCUGAAUCAAAAUGGAAUCAAUGGAUGCGCGUCUUGUCGCGCAAGCAUUGAACUACCAUGGCCAACAGUUGCAGAAAGUGUGGGAAGGAGAACGCAACGAAAAUGAGCUGGCCAUGCUCAAUCUCAAGGAACCUAAUUUUGAGAUUUACCAACAACGGCAGAAAACACUUAGUUUCGGUGAUAGGGGCAAAAGGUUAAAGCUGCAACAAUUCCUUGCAAAGAAGGCAGAUGCCCUCUAUGAUAAGUCAAAUUUGGACAAAACUGUUGAACCUAUCAAGCAGGAAUUGGGAGACGAAGAGUUUUACGCAACAAUGCCCGGCCUUGACACUUAUGUCACCAUGGAAAAGUCACAACGUAUACGGAACUUUUUGGAGAGUUUGGUGGUUGGGGAUGUUAUAUACGCGCAAGUGAUGGGUAAAAGUGCUGCUGGGCUUCUUCUGAAGGUGCUCUGCAACUGCAGUGAUUGCCCCAGGGUUGUUACUGAUUUAGGAGUAAAGGCUCUGAUAUUGAACACGGCCACAGUGCCGGCGGUGGACAAGAAAGGUGUUACAAGAAGCUACAUGGCAAAUGAUCUCAUCUGCGUCGUAGUCAGUGAAGUUAACGUUGAAGCCGAGCGAGUCGUUGCAGUUAUGAACGUACCCGCCCGCGAAGGGCAAGCCCCACACCCACCUAUGGGACUUAUCCAUUCGGAUGAUCUUCCGGAAGCUUAUAAGAAAGCGAUGGACAACAAAGGACAAUCGUACGAAGUGAUGUUGGAGAAUAGUACUGGCUUCAACAACCCCAACAACAUAAAAUAUCUAUCCGACUUGAUGGGCCUCGGCCAAGAGAACCAUUCCAAUUUGGUUGGUUUGAGGGAGAGAUUCCCACCUAAUGAAUAUGCGUCUGAAUUAAGGCAGGCGCAAGCCAGUAAGUGGGCGUUCCGAAGCGUGGCCGAAGGAAUAGACCACUUCAAGGCCGGCCGUCACACAGAGGCUUUCCAAUGCCUCAACAAAGCAUUGACCGUAGACCCACGGAACGUCGAAGGAUUGGUAGCCCGUGGAGCAUUGUAUGCGAAUAGUGGCAGCUUCAAGAAAGCGAUCGAUGACUUCGAGACUGCGUUGAAGCUAAAUCAGACUCAUGCGAACGCUCGCAAGUACAUGGCGGAGACUCUGGUUGCUCUUGGACGAAGUUACGAAGACGAGAAAAAGUACGAGGACGCGCAGAAAGCGUACGAGAACUGUCUAGCGAUCGCUCCGUUCCACGAGGAGGCCAGGAAUUCGAUCGAGUACAUAAAGUCGAAGACGUUGACCUCGUCUUUGAACCCAUUGGAUACGUUCAAAAGCUUCGAAGCAGAGAACGAUGUCGGUGAGAAUAAGAAAGAGAAGAAGAAGCGUAAGAAGGAGAGGAAAUCGCGAUCGAAGAAAAGACAAAGGUGGAGCUCCAGCUCCAGCUCGUCGUCGAGCGGGUCCUCGAGCUCCUCUAGCUCGGAGUCCAGCAGUUCUUCUUCUUCUGGAAGUUCCAGAUCAGCGUCCAGAUCGCCUAGUCGCAAGCGGAAACAUAAGAAGGAUCAUCGUGGGUCAUUGUCGCCUCUGAGCAAGCGCAUGGCUCAGUACAAUAAUCCACCAGCAGCGACGACUGCAGCUCACGACGUGAUAGCUCCUGUUUCUUACACGUCGAAUACCCGCGACAAAAUGGACGAUUACGAGAUCAAAGUGAGAAAGUUUCUCGAACAGACAAAGGACGACUCCGAUUACGAAGAUAAGGUAAGAAAGUUCUUGGAAGAGACCGCCAGAUGGAAACGCGAAAGGGAGAAGGAAAAGAAACAUUCGGAAAGCGAGAAAAUGAAGAAAAAGAAGAAGAAAGAGAAGAAGGGGAAAGACAAAGAGAAAGAGGACAAGAAAAGUCGAAAGAAGAAGAAGAAGGAGGAAAGAAAGAAACGGAAGAACAAGGAUAAGCUGGAACGGGACUUGGAGGCUCUGAAAAAGUCCUCGUUGCCAGACUUGGAGCAACUCGAGUCGAAACUGAACGCGUACUACGCGAAGGUUGAGAAAGAAACCGCUGUCUUAAAAAGGUAUGUAGCUCAGUAUAAUGACAUACCUUCCCCUCUUAGCAACGCGGAGAAGCUCGCUGAGAGUUCGCGGAGGGAGGAGGAGCUGCGCAGAGAGAGGGAAAGGGAGAGAGAUGAGGCGUCGAAGGCGUAUCACGAGCGCGAGUCUAGAAUACCGAUGACGGCACAGCAGCGUAAAGACUUCGAUCUUUCAGAGAUUCAAAGGAAACCUCUCACCGAUAUAUUCGAACAAGAGUCCCAGUUGAUACACCCGGAGCCAAAGUUGCCCACACUUGACACAGCCGCACUCAAUGCAAAGUGGAAGGCUGCGCAGGCUGCUAGACAAAAGGACGUGAUGCCCCAGAAAUGGCAAGACGUGCCUCCGGAGGGUAAAAAGAUGCAGGCGAACGUGGACAGCGAAGAGGAUGACGAUAACGAGCUGGAGGAGAAGCUGCAGCGCGCCGCCCUGGAGAAGUCGAUGAACAUCCGCAAACAGAUGCAACGAGAGCUAGCAGAGAAGAGGGCCGCGCAAGCUCAGCCGAUGUCCGCGCCUACACCUCCGCCGUUGCCCAAAGAGCCGCCUAUUCCGAAACAAGCUCCGGUGAAGUACCCGACACCUCAGCCACAAAACAAAUUCCAAUCGUACAAAGACCCGUCGUUAUCCGCGCCGCAGACGACGCCCACGAAGUUCAGCUCGAGCAAUAACUUGGGCGGCAAGUUCCAACCGAUCGGCCAGAGCGGCAACAGCGGUGGCGGCCAUCCGCCCGAACCACCUCGUCCGCCUCCGCCGACGAAAAAUCAGAACCAAGCCAAAGGACCCAGGACGGACUCGGAUAGCGAAGCGGAACGGCAGCAUAGACAGACGCCUAAGAAACGAGAGUCGACCGGCAGAGGCGGCGUGACCAAGAGAAUGAGCAGGGACCGUCCAGCGAAGCGUUCGCGCAGCAGAUCGCGCAGUGCCUCCAGCUCUGGCUCGUCCAGAUCUCGAUCGCCCAGGAGAAGUCGAUCACGAUCGUACUCGAACAGAAGAUCGGGUAGUUACGAACGAAAAUACAGUCGAUCGCCGUCGGGCACGUACAGCAGAUCCCGGUCCAGGUCACGAUCCAGAUCGUACACGAGGAGUCGUAGUCGCAGCAGGUCCGGUGACAGAAGCUACUACCGCAAGAGACAGUUCCGGCCAUACAACAAUCGCGGCACUUACUACAAGCCCCGCUUCCAAAGCUUCAACAAUCCGAACCAUCGCGGCGGUGGCAACAAUUUCCAGAACCGAAACCGGUUCUACAACAAUCAGCAUAACAAUCGGUUCGGCAACAGGCGCGGCGGCGGGUUCAACAACCGCGGUGGCGGCAGGGGACGCGGCGGUAAUCGUGGCGGCAGAUUUUUCCACGGCAAACAGGGCUUCCGCGACUUCAGGGACAGGCGGGACUUCAGAGAUCGGCGGGCCGCGUCGCGCGAUCGUUACAGCGAUCGCAGUUACUCGCCUGAUCCGAUGAGGAAGGUCGACGAGGCGAAAGAGAAGAUAAACAAGAUGCUCGAGGGCGGUGACGACGUGAUGGAGCAUCAACAGGGCGGCGGAGGAUCCAACGUACCACCGAGCAAGAGGCAAGACGGACCUUUGAGCGAGGGAGAAGAGAGGGACGACGAUGACUACGAGAGGUGGGGAGAGGGCGAGGGGGGCGACACAGCUAACAAGGUUGGUUAGGUCUCUUCCGCGUAGACUUUCGCGAAAGAACAGCCUGUCUCCGUGAUGACGAUCAUGAUAAUCUGGAUGACGAUGAUAUCUGGAAUAAUAAGAUGAGGAUGAAAUGAUGGUGAUGAUGGUGAUGAGCCACACGUGCAAGGAACGACCGACCUAGGAGCCAACUAACUCUCGUUUGUUGCUAGAAUGAGGAGGUUGGACCUGACAACGAGAACCUGGACGGCAAGGAGUACUUCAUUGAGCGCAUGAAGCAGCGAAGCAAGAAUGUUUUAAUGCAGAGAGCCCUUGCCGCUAAGAUUUGGUAGAAACACUCCCUCCCGGUUGCCGUUGCUGCUUCUUCGAUUCUUCUCCUUCGUCUGUGAUAUAGUUCAAACUUUUUCUCGGACUUUAGACACCGAUCGGAUUCACGUGAGAGAGACACUUUUCUGAAAUUGCGACCAUAUCGAAACUGCUUCGAUACACUUCGAAACGAGCCGGAAACGGAACAUGGAGAAUCUAACGAGAAGGUGAAUAACAUUGCAUAUAAAACAACAGAAACAUUGUAACACCGUAGACAUGACGGUCGAGAGAAAUGCACCUUAUUCCUUUACGAUCCCCUUAGCUUUUUAUCUAGCAGGCUGAUACGUUGACGAGCCGUCGUUUCGCUCGAUUGUCAUGCUCGCGAAUAUCUAUGUUAAAUAGUAAAUAUUCAUUAGGGACACUGUGCGCUCCACACGAGAGACAGUGAAACCCUUCGUUUCCUUUUCAUUUUAUUUAACGUUAGCGAAAGAAUAUUACUUGGUACUUACUCUUAGACUCGUUCUCUUUCUUUUACACGUUAAUGAUUGUCCCGUAAAUAAUUAAGAAUAGAACACGAAUGAGAGAGAGAGAGAGAGAGAGAGUGAGUGAGAGAUUGAUAGAGAAGCUUCGAAGGGAAGCGUUCGUUUGCGGUAGACUUUUCACGCACACACGAGUGGCUUUUCAUUAUCAUUCAUUAUCAAGAUUAGUGGAUAAUACAUGGCUCUUUUAAGGACACAAUUACCUUCCCCGUGAAGAUCCUUUUCGAUCAAUUCGUCGGGAAUCCCCCGUCUCGACACACCCUCGCGACACACUAGCCAGUAAAACGAGCGGAAUAAAAGGCGUGUUUAAUUAACCUUGAUUUAUCGAGCCGUUUCGAGUCGCGACUCGUCGGCUCGAGAGAAGAACAUUAAUUAACCGAGGGAAAUAAAUGAAACGAAACAGGUCCAUCGAAUAACGAGACCACAGCACCACCGGAUUCUACUCCCGCAACGUUUUGUUCUGGAAUACACUUGUUCACCAAGUCCCCCCUCCUCCCACGUUUAUUACAAAUACUUAUUUUAAGGUAUCAUACGAGUAAUUUACCUAGUAAGACACUUAUAUAUGUUGUAUGUAAACGAGUUGCUGUAAAAUUCAAAGAGAUCGGCAAAUACAUAAACACGAAACCACAAAGCCAAA